CAACGAAAACCGAGAAGGCAACAAAAGCCCGAUCACUCCCCUCAACAAACUUACAAUUUCCGCCUCCCCUCCCAUCUUUGCAACGACCAACGCCAAGUCCCCCCCUCCCUCCUCCUCCUCCUCCUCCGAUCUCCGCCCUCUCCGCGCGUGGAGCCGCCCGGCGGUGCGAGCAAGGAUCACGCGGUUAGUUAGCGGGGUUGGGACGGGAGGGGAGGGCCGUGGCCCGGCGACCGGGCUGGGCUGCCUUUGCGGUCGAUGCGAUCGGGCGAGGCGGCGGGGGCGGUGAGGUCGUCGGAUCAGGGGGGCGUCCGCAAGAAGCCGCGGGUCGGGUGCGGGGAGGAGGAGGGGGAGGACGGGAUGCCGCUCGCCGACGCGUUCGUCGUCGGCGAGGCCGCCGGGGGGUGCGCCCCCGCCGUGCAGCUGCUGGACAUCGUGCAGCACCCGCUCCCGGGGUACGGCGCGCCCGUCGCGCUCAGCUUCAGCCCCGACGACCGCCGGGUCGCCUUCCUGUACAGCCCCGACGGCACGCUCCACCGCAAGGUCUACACGUUCGACCCGGCCCUGCGCCGCCAGGAGCUGCUCUUCGGGCCCCCCGACGGCGGCGGCCUCGAGGAGGGGAACCUCUCCGCCGAAGAGCGCCUGCGCCGCGAGCGCGCCCGGGAGCGCGGCCUCGGCGUCACGCGCUACGAGUGGCGCGCCCGCCUGCCCGGCACCCCCGCCUCCCGCGCCGGCAUUGUCGUGCCGCUCCCCUCCGGGGUUUACUUCCAGGAUUUGUCUAGCACUGAACCUGUACUCAAGCUGCAAAGUUCCCCCUCAUCCCCUAUCAUUGACCCACAUCUGUCUCCAGAUGGGAGCAUGAUUGCAUAUGUGCGGGAUGAUGAGUUGCAUACUGUGGGGUUUUCUGAUGGGCAAACUACCCAGUUGACCUAUGGUGCAAGCGAAAGUGGGAAGAUCCACGGGCUUGCUGAGUAUAUUGCACAGGAAGAGAUGGAAAGGAAGAUGGGAUUCUGGUGGUCUCCUGAUAGCAAACACCUUGCAUUUACUGAGGUUGACUCAUCUGAGAUUCCACUGUAUAGAAUUAUGCACCAGGGAAAAAGUUCUGUUGGCCCAGAUGCUCAAGAAGACCAUGCUUACCCCUUUGCAGGGGCUGCUAAUGUGAAAGUGCGUCUUGGAGUUGUUCCUUCCUGUGGAGGAGAAACAACUUGGAUGGAUCUUCUUUGUGGAGAACCAAAUAGUAUCCAUGGGGAUGAAGAAUAUCUUGCCAGAGUUAACUGGAUGCAUAAUAGUGCUAUUGCUGUUCAAGUUCUCAACAGAACUCACUCAAAGCUUAAGCUACUUAAGUUUGAUAUCACUUCAGGUAAAAGGGAAGUGAUACUAGAAGAAGAGCAUGAUACAUGGAUAACAUUGCACGAUUGUUUCACUCCUCUAGAUAAAGGAGUGAAUAGUAAGCAUCCAGGUGGGUUUAUUUGGGCCAGUGAGAAGACAGGAUUUAGACACUUGUAUAUUCAUGACAAGAAUGGUGUGUGCUUGGGGCCCCUCACACAAGGUGACUGGAUGGUCGACCAAAUUGCUGGUGUCAAUGAGAGUUCUGGAGUUAUAUAUUUUACAGGCACACUGGAUGGGCCAUUGGAAACAAAUCUGUACUCCACCAACCUCUUUCCGGAUUGGGGCCUCCCCUUGCAAGACCCCAAGAGGUUGACUCAGGGCACAGGACGGCAUUCAGUAAUUCUUGACCAUCAGUUGCUGAGGUUUAUUGAUGUGUAUGACUCAAUAAAAUCUCCACCUGUGAUCCUCCUAUGCUCUUUGCUUGAUGGAAGUGUGAUAAUGCCUCUAUAUGAGCAGCCUCUGACCGUUCAGCCACUUCAGAAGUUUCAGCAGCUGUCUCCAGAGAUAGUUCAAAUUGAAGCAAAAGAUGGGACUGCUUUGUAUGGAACUCUUUAUCUCCCUGAUGAGAAAAAAUAUGGACCACCCCCCUACAAAACACUCAUUAAUGUUUAUGGUGGUCCCAGUGUCCAGCUUGUAAGUGAUUCAUGGAUAAGUACAGUUGACAUGAGAGCUCAGUUCCUGCGAAGUAAGGGCGUAUUAGUUUGGAAGAUGGACAAUCGAGGAACUGCGAGGCGCGGUUUACAUUUUGAGGGCCAACUCAAGUACAACAUUGGUCGUGUUGAUGCUGAAGACCAGUUAGCAGGUGCUGAGUGGCUAAUAAAGAAAGGCCUUGCAAAACCCGGACAUAUAGGUCUAUACGGCUGGAGCUACGGUGGCUUUCUCUCAGCAAUGUGCCUCGCAAGGUUUCCUGACACGUUCUGUUGUGCGGUUUCUGGUGCUCCAGUGACGUCAUGGGAUGGCUAUGACACCUUUUAUACUGAGAAGUAUAUGGGUCUGCCCUCGGAACGCAAAGAUGCUUACAAGUACGGGUCGAUCAUGCACCAUGUGAAGAACCUCAGAGGGAAGCUGCUGCUGAUCCAUGGUAUGAUUGAUGAGAACGUGCAUUUCAGGCACACGGCGAGGCUCAUCAACUCGCUGAUGGCGGAGGGCAAGCCCUAUGAGAUCCUCCUCUUCCCCGAUGAGCGGCACAUGCCGCGCCGGUUAGGGGACCGGAUCUAUAUGGAAGAGAGGAUCUGGGAUUUUGUAGAGAGGAACCUGUGAAUGUGAAGAGAGACACGAAAAAAAAAAAAAUCUACCUUUCCUGUAUAAAUCUUUUGCUCACUUUGCCAAUGUGGGCAUUUGACAUGGGAUGUUGUUACAAUAUGUUGAAGCUAUUUCAUUUCCAUC